GACGUCACCUCAGACGACGAGAGCCCUGCCGCAUCCCCUGCCAAGCCGGCGCCUUCGGCAGCGCGCCGGGCCCGCCGGCGGGAGCGGAGCCGGGAGGGGACGAUGCGGCGGGGGACGAGCACUACUGCGAGAUGCUGUGCUGCGCCUUCAAGCGCCCGCCCUGGCUGGGACGUCUGAAAAACUACCAGUUCCCCAGCAGCAUCGACCCACUCACCAACCUGAUGUACGUGCUGUGGCUGUUCUUCGUCGUCAUGGCCUGGAACUGGAACUGCUGGCUGAUCCCCGUUCGCUGGGCUUUCCCCUACCAGACGCCAGCAAACAUCCACUGCUACUGGCUGCUCGUUGACUAUCUCUGCGACCUCAUCUACCUGCUGGACAUCCUCAUCUUUCAGACUCGGCUGCAGUUUGUCCAAGGAGGAGAUAUCAUAACUGAUAAGAAGGCCAUGAGAGAGAACUACCUGCGAUCACAACGCUUUAAGAUGGACGUGGUGUGCCUCCUGCCCCUGGAUUUCUUCUACUUCAAAGUCGGCGUCAACCCGCUCCUGCGCUUUCCUCGCUGUCUCAAGUACCUGGCCUUCUUCGAGUUCAACAACCGCCUGGAAGCCAUCCUGAGCAAGGCGUACAUCUACAGGGUGAUCCGGACCACUGCCUAUUUACUGUACAGCUUGCACGUGAAUUCCUGCCUCUACUACUGGGCAUCGGCUUACGAAGGUCUGGGCUCCACCACCUGGGUCUACGAUGGGGAAGGAAACAGCUACAUCCGCUGCUACUACUGGGCAGUCAAAACCCUCAUCACCAUCGGGGGCUUGCCAGACCCCAAGACGCUCUUUGAGAUCGUCUUCCAGCUGCUGAACUACUUCACAGGCGUCUUUGCUUUCUCCGUCAUGAUCGGGCAGAUGAGAGAUGUGGUGGGCGCCGCCACUGCAGGGCAAACUUACUACCGGAGCUGCAUGGACAGUACCAUUAAAUACAUGAACUUCUACAAGAUCCCCAAAACUGUUCAGAAUCGGGUGAAAACGUGGUACGAGUACACAUGGCACUCCCAAGGCAUGCUAGAUGAGUCGGAGCUGCUGGUGCAGCUGCCGGACAAGAUGAGGCUGGACAUUGCCAUUGACGUGAACUACAACAUCGUGAGCAAAGUGGCCCUCUUCCAGGGCUGCGACAGGCAGAUGAUCUUCGACAUGCUGAAGCGGCUCAGAUCCGUGGUCUACCUGCCUAACGACUACGUCUGUAAGAAGGGAGAAAUCGGCCGCGAGAUGUACAUCAUCCAGGCGGGACAAGUGCAGGUGCUGGGGGGACCCGACGGCCAAACCGUGCUGGUGACUCUGAAAGCCGGAUCAGUGUUUGGAGAGAUAAGAGCCCGGGUUUCGGAGUCACUUGCCGGGAGGGCUCCGGGCGCGGUGAUGCUGAAAACCAACAACAAACCCAAAGUAGCCCCUGGAGACCCCCUGAUCAUCCCCCCGAAAGCUGAAACCCCAAAGCUCUUCCAGGCUGCCCUGGCUGCCACGGGCAGGCUGGGGGGCAAAGGGCCGCUGGCCCAGCUCCGGUGGAGGCUGAAGGAGCUGAAGGCGAUGCAGGAGACCCAGGAUUCUAGCAUCAGCCCCAUUCCACCGAAAUCACCAGUGCACCAGAGAUCACCUGUCGCCUCCCACAAAGCACCCGCCCACCCAGGAGAAGAAAUGUGCUCCAAAUCUUCCGACAGUUUGGUGACCAUCCGCGUGAUUUCUACUGCUCACGAGGGCGAAGAAAUCCUGGCGGCUGAGAUUUCGGAGGAAGAAGGAAAAAAAGAGAAAUGA